UGGAAGACCAGGACCCCGCUCCGUGAGACUGACCCGGACCACUAAAGUGGGACGCGGUUCUCGAAACAAACUGUCAAGAAAAUGCAAGAACCUCCAAAGAACAUUGAAGAAUUCUUAAAGCUUCAAAACUUGGAUCACUGGCCAAAGGAAAUCCAUUUUGGGGAUAAUGAUAAAUUGUUAUGUACUCUGAAGAAAAUAAAAGAAGAUAGUUCAUUUGCUUCAAUUUAUACACAUCUACGGGGAAAUGUCCCGCGAGUACAUGAUGCGGCCAUGGCCAUGGAGUCAAGAUUAGCAGAGUGUUCAAUUCUUCUGAAAAACCAUGUCUCUGGAAUAUUUGAGUGGAACAGAAUAACUUCCAGGACAAGUUCUCAUGGAAAAUUGGAACAAUAUAAGGAAUUUCUAAGGAAUUACCAUAAGGAAAAGAAGAUAAUGCUUUCAGAUGACAUGGAGACAAAGAAGGAUAUAGAGGGUUGCAACUUCCCAGGAUUCAGAACAAAUGAGCUUACUCAACUACCCAGACAUUUGAAUGCUGAACAGAUUUAUCUUUUUAUUUUAAAAGCCCAUAACUUUGACGGAAAAAUUUUUAAAAUCUGGAAGACUCAUUUCCUCUCAGAAGCCUCUGUUGCUCUUUUGCAUGAUUCCUUUUGGUGGUGGUUUCUCCAUAAAUUUAAGCCUGACAGAGAAAGUCAAGAUUCCUUGUUUGAUAGAAUUUCAGAAAGUUAUGUGUCACUUUUCAUGAGCAUACCUCUAAGUCGAAAGGAUGCAUUCUUUCAGGUGUAUCCUGAUUGUUUGGCACAGGCUAUCUAUGCAACAUUCCAGGAAGCAUUUCCAGAAUCCACUGAUUUCUUUAAUGAUGAAUUUAAAGAAGAUCUAGGGAAUAACAUUUUUCUCUGGUUGUCAGGUUUAAAACCUAAAAAAGACUUUUGGACCCACUGGAAGCUGAACGAACUCUCCACAAAAACCAUUCAUGGUAGCAAGAAAACACCUUCAGAAUCUAUAAAGGACAGGAUUGCAAGAAGUCAAGGACGCUUAUCAACUUAUAUAGACUUCAAUAUGACAAAAAUUUUAAAGAAUCCAGAAGGAUAUACAAUGCCUGCAUCCAAGGAAGAAUCAAGAUUAUCAGGACUACCAACAAAGUCCCAUUAUAGCAGUAGUGGCCCAGAGUUUAAGCGUGUUCUCUUCAAUUUUGGAGGUCAGAGUCCACUGAUUUUAUAUUAUCUUAGGAUGCAUGAGCUAGCUGGUAUUUCCAAAGCCUCUAGACAAGUCAAGAUUAAACUCACUGAAAUAUUGAAAGAACCGCCACCUGCUCCAACUUAUUGUGAUAUUCUAAAGGAGGCAAAAAGACAAUUUGCAAACAACCAAAAGGAUUUUAGAAUGCUCCAAGCAAAGGCUACCAAGAAACCUUAUGAAGUUAAGAAUGAUUUUGAGAAUUUCCUACAAAAACUGCGUUCUGAAGCCCGAACUGAGAGAAAACUUCUGGCAUCACUAUCAUCAUCAACAACAGAAGACUUCAACCUUGAGGAAGAAGAAUGCCAAGAGAAACCAGAAAUAAACUGUAUUUAAGAAUGUAUGUUUAAUUCAAGUACAAUCCAUGAGGGAAAUUAUGCAGACCUUUCCACAAAG